AUGGGGAGGGGUGAACGGGAUAGGACUUAUGCCUCGGUAUUAUCCGAGGCUAAGUCUAAAAUAGACGCCAAGGAGUUAGGGAUAGAGUCCAUGCACAUGAGGAGAGGAGUAACCGGCAGCAUUUUGUUGUCGGUUCGAGGUAGAGAUUCGUCCGUGAAGGCAGACGCACUUGCGGAAAAGAUGAAGGAAGUGUUCCCGUCAUCAGGAACAAUCAGAGUUGGCCGCCCCUCACGAACGGAAGACAUUCGUAUAAAGGGGAUGAUGGCCUUUGUUGGUCGCCAGGACAUCCUUGACAGGGUUGCCUCGGUUGGGGGCUGUAAGGCUGAGGAUCUGCAAGCAGGUGUGAUCCGAUUGUCUCCCGGAACGGGUUUCGGGACGCUGUGGAUUCGUUGCCCGUCUGGAGUGGCGCGGAGGCUCGUCGCUGCCGGUAGCAUUGUGAUGUCGGGGGAUGGGAGAGGCUAG